UCCGCUACUCUGUGGAUGCGAUGGAUCGUGCAGCAAGAGGAGGUCAUCUCGACGUCGUCAAGUUUCUUUGUCAACAGGGCCAGAAAUGCACAACGGAAGCUAUUGAUGGUGCUGCAAAGGAGGGGCAUUUAGAGGUUGUCGUCUGGCUUCAUCGAAACACAAGUGCUGGGGCAACCAAGGCAGCGAUGGUGCGAAACGAGAUAUUGCCUUGUUUGUCUUUCGCUUGACUAUCCAGUUGGCAAUGCUUGAGCUUAACACACAAACGUUAUCAAGCACUUGAUGCGUCCUCUCAUUCUGCAGGACCUGGGAAUGACGAGACAUUUUUUGCUAUGUGACAGUACAACACGUUUGGAGGACUCACAAGUGAUCUGGCUCAUACUUGCAUUUCUUCGCUCAACUUGAUAGAAUGACCUGGUAUUGGCACUGUAUGGAGCUGGCACUGGUGUUGCUGCUGCUGCUACCACUACUCCUGUUGUUGUCGCAUAGGAUUAUGCUGCUGCGAACGGUUUUUUGCCAGUGGUGCAGUGGCUGCAUGGCAACAGGCGUGAAGGAUGCACGGUCUCGGCCAUGAAUUGGGCCGCGGAGAACGGCCAUUUAUCGGUGGCACAAUUUCUGCACCACAACAGGCGCGAAGGCUGCACGACUGCCGCUUUCGAUCGCGCCGCGAUGAACAACCAUGUGCACGUCA